AAUAACAGUAAAUAAGUAGUGAAAGUUACAGUUCCUCACUGGAUUACAAAUAAAGCGAAAGGCUGCAAAAAGCACAAUGGGAAUGACCAAACAGCAGCAACAGCUCCAGCACAGUCUGUCCCAUCGACAGUCACAAAAGUCUCACAACAGUGGCAACGGAGGUGGUGGUGGCGGCAGCAGUGGCAGCAACAACUCUUCGUCCCAACAACACCUGCCCAAAAAGCACACCGUCCACUGGUUCCGGAAGGGGCUCCGGCUGCACGACAAUCCCGCCCUACGGGAAGGCCUCAAAGACGCUGCUUCAUUAAGGUGUGUGUUCGUCAUUGAUCCCUGGUUUGCCGGAAGUUCCAAUGUUGGCAUCAACAAGUGGAGAUUCCUGCUGCAGUGCCUCGAAGAUCUGGACCGGAAUCUGCGCCAGCUGAACUCGCGCCUCUUUGUGAUCCGGGGCCAGCCGGCCGACGCGCUCCCGAAGCUGUUCAAGGAGUGGGGCACGACAUGUCUGACCUUCGAGGAGGACCCGGAACCGUUCGGGAAGGUGCGCGACCACAACAUCUCCGAGAUGUGCAAGGAGCUGAACAUCGACGUCAUUUCGGCCGUCUCGCACACUCUGUACAAGCUGGAGAGAAUCAUCGAAAAGAACAACGGCCGGGCCCCGUUGACCUACAACCAGUUCCAAGCGAUCAUCGCCUCGAUGGACGCUCCGCCGCAGCCCGAGCCGGCGAUCACGUUGGCCGCCAUUGGACGCGCCGUUACGCCCCAGUGUGAUGACCACGACGACAAGUACGGCGUGCCAACGCUGGAGGAGUUGGGCUUCGAAACCGAAGGUCUCAAACCGCCCAUUUGGGUGGGCGGUGAAACGGAAGCGCUGGCCCGACUCGAGCGACAUCUGGAACGUAAGGCGUGGGUAGCGUCCUUUGGACGGCCCAAAAUGACCCCACAAUCGCUGCUGGCCAGCCAGACCGGCCUGUCCCCGUACCUUCGGUUCGGAUGUCUCAGCACUCGCCUGUUCUACUACCAACUGACUGAUCUGUACAAGAAAAUCAAAAAGGCGUAUCCGCCACUCUCGCUCCACGGGCAACUCUUCUGGCGGGAAUUCUUCUACUGUGCGGCGACCAAGAACCCAAACUUUGACAAGAUGGCCGGCAAUCCGAUCUGUGUGCAAAUUCCGUGGGAUCGGAACGCGGAAGCACUGGCCAAGUGGGCCAGCGGCCAAACCGGAUUUCCCUGGAUCGAUGCCAUUAUGACGCAACUGCGCGAUGAAGGUUGGAUCCAUCACCUGGCCCGGCAUGCCGUGGCGUGCUUCCUCACGCGGGGUGACCUCUGGAUCUCGUGGGAGGAGGGCAUGAAGGUGUUUGAGGAGCUGCUGCUGGACGCGGAUUGGUCGGUGAAUGCCGGCAUGUGGAUGUGGCUGUCGUGUUCGUCCUUUUUUCAGCAGUUCUUCCACUGCUACUGUCCGGUCAAGUUUGGACGGAAGGCCGAUCCCAACGGGGAUUAUAUCCGGCGGUAUUUGCCGGUGUUGAAGAACUUCCCAACCCGUUACAUCCACGAGCCCUGGAACGCGCCGGAAAGUGUCCAACGGGCAGCCCGUUGCAUCAUCGGCAAGAACUACCCCCUCCCGAUGGUGAACCACGCGAUCGCAAGCCGGGCCAACAUGGAACGCAUCAAACAGGUGUACCAACAAUUGGCCAAAUAUCGCAGCCCAUCCCACAACAGCAGCUCCGUGCCGGCGUCCACCGAGUGUGGCACGGAGAAGGGUGGAUCUGCCAUUGCCGGCGUAAUGACCGCGGCCAAAGUGCAGCACAUGAACGCGAGCAGUUUGAACGAUAGUCCGAGUCCGACCACGAUCAUGACCAGUGUCAACAGUUCGGGAAACUACAUGUGCCGGAGCAAUCCGUCCGCACAAAGCGAGUACCAGCAUCAAGAUCAGCAACGUCACCACCACCACCUCCACCAACAACAACAGCAACAACAACAACAGUCGCAGCAGCGUAGGUCACCGGGUCGUCAACACUCGGGCGAGCAUCAGUAUAACAAUCUGCUAUCACAGCAGCAACAGCCCAGUUCCGCAUACAUCAAACCGGAAAAUCCAAACAUGGCGGUCAACCACAACAUCACCGGCAACUCCACCAACACUGCCAACAACAACACCACCAACGACGAACUAAUGAAUGCACACUUCAACACGCUGCAAGAUCAACUCAACAACAGCAUGUCCACGCUGGGCGGCUCUUCCGAGUACGAACGAAACCAGGAAAAUCUGUACAACAGUCAGUUCAAAGUGGAGUACUCGGACAACUUUAACUCCGGCUACGGCAUGAGGAACACCGAGUUCUACGGCCGACGGCGGGACGAUGACCCGGUGCUGCACUUUCGCCAGGAGAAACAGCAGCAUCACCAGCAACAGCAGAACCAGAACCAGAACCUCGACGAAGGAAGUUAUAAGCGACCUCUGAAGCCGUUAUCCCCGGACGGCCAACAGCAGAACGCGAUCGCCGAAUGCCACCGGAGACAGCAACAGUUGAACGCUGCUGACCUGCAGCAACAGCAAAAUCAGCAGCAACAGCAGCAGCAGCCGAUGCAGCAAUCGCCCUGUGGCGAGGACAAACUGUCCACGGUCGACUAGGUUGCGAUCUGCGUUGUGUUGCUAUAGUUGUAGGCUUUUAGAAUUAUUCAAGCUGAUAUACUUGUCGUGAUGCUGUUACGGGAGUUUCCGGUUUGAACUAAUAAAUUACUGUUUUUCGCGAGUGA